UAUAGGUUGAAUUGAAACAAAAAAAAAACAAAAAACAGUUAAGUUGGUUAACAAAAAGGGCCAAUGUUGGCACACUGAAAUUCUAAUGUCACACUUGCACACGGCUGCAUUGAAAGCCACCAAAUUAAUCCACUUGAAACAGUUUCAUGCGCAGCUCUUUCAACGCUCUCUCUGUUCCGACAAUUAUUGGGUGGCGCAGCUCAUCAAACUCUGCACGCGCCUCCACGCUCCGUCCACUUAUGUUAGCCGAGUUUUUGAUUCAGUCCACCAACCCAAUGUCUUUGUUUUCACUAAUAUUCUCAAGUUCUACUCUCAAUUGGGUGCCUACAGUGAUGUUCUCUACCUGUUUGACAAAAUGCAGAAAUCCAAUGUAGCCCCUGAUGCAUUUGUAUACCCGAUUCUCAUCAAAGCAUCUGGAAAAUGGGGCAUUGUGUUCCAUGCUCAUUGUAUCAAGAUGGGUCAUGAUUGGGAUAGGUUUGUUCGCAAUGCGAUUAUGGAUGUGUAUGGAAAGUUUGGGCCUUUGGAGAUUGCGCGGGAACUGUUUGAUGAAAUUCCUGAGAGAGCUGUUGCAGAUUGGAAUGCUAUGAUUUCUGGGUGUUGGAAUUGGGGGGAUGAAGUUGAAGCGAGGAGUUUGUUUGAUUUGAUGCCUGAGAAGAAUGUGGUUACUUGGACUGCAAUGGUUACUGGUUAUUCAAGAAGGAAAGAUUUGGAGAAUGCUAGGAAGUAUUUUGAUCAAAUGCCGGAGAGGAGUGUUGUGUCUUGGAAUGCAAUGCUGUCGGGGUAUGCUCAAAAUGGGUGUGCUGAAGAGGUUAUAAAGUUGUUUAAUGAGAUGAUGAGUUGUGAGGUUUGCCCUGAUGAAACUACAUGGGUUACUGUCAUUUCUUUGUGUUCUUCGCAUGGUGAUGUUAGCCUUGCCGAAGGGCUUGUUAAGAUGAUAAAUGAGAAGGGUGUUCGCUUAAAUUGUUUUGCAAAGACUGCUCUACUUGACAUGUAUGCUAAGUGUGGGAACCUUGCUAUGGCUAGAAAGAUCUUUGACGAAUUAGGUACGUACAAGAACUUAGUUACAUGGAAUGCAAUGAUUUCAGCAUAUGCAAGAGUUGGUGAUUUGGCUUCUGCGAGAGGGCUCUUUGAUAAGGUGCCUGAGAAGAAUGUCAUCUCUUGGAAUUCAAUAAUAGCUGGUUACGCUCAAAAUGGAGAAUCAAAAGUGGCUAUUGACCUUUUCAAAGAUAUGAUAGCAAAGGAUGUGCUGCCAGACGAAGUCACCAUGGUUAGUGUGAUCUCGGCCUGUGGCCACCUUGGGGCUUUGGAAUUUGGUAAUUGGGCAGUAAAUUUCCUGGAAAAGCAUCAAAUCAAACUGAGCAUUUCAGGUUAUAAUGCUCUGAUCUUCAUGUAUUCCAAGUGUGGUAAUAUGAAAGACGCGGAGAAAGUUUUCCAAUCGAUGGAAGCCAGAGAUGUGAUUUCUUAUAACACAUUGAUUACAGGUGUUGCAGCUUAUGGCAAUGCCAUUGAAGCUGUUGAAUUGUUGUGGAAGAUGAAGAAAGAAAAUAUUGAACCAGAUCGAAUAACCUAUAUAGGGGUACUAACAGCAUGUAGUCAUGGUGGACUGCUAAAAGAAGGUCAAAGGAUAUUUGAUUCAAUCAAAGAUCCAGACUCCGAUCACUAUGCAUGCAUGGUUGAUUUGUUAGGUAGAAAUGGUAAACUAGACGAAGCAAAAUGUUUGAUUGGAAGUAUGGCAAUGCAUCCACAUGCAGGAGUAUAUGGUUCCCUUUUACAUGCUAGUCGAGUUCACAAAAGGAUAGACCUGGGAGAGUUUGCAGCUAGUAAGCUCUUUGAAAUAGAACCAGAAAAUUCAGGUAAUUACGUUUUGCUUUCAAAUAUAUACGCCUCAGCAAGAAGAUGGGAAGAUGUAGACAGGGUGAGAGGGUUGAUGACAAUUGGAGGAGUAAAGAAAACGACUGGAUGGAGUUGGAUUGAACACAAGGGGGAGAUGCACAAGUUUAUAGUGGGUGACAGGUCACACGAGCGAACUGCAGAUAUUCAUAGAGUGCUCUUUGAAACAGAAAAGAAGAUGAAGUUAGCUGGAUAUAUGGCUGAUAAGAGCUGUGUUCUAAAAGAUGUUGAAGAAGAAGAGAUGGAAGAGAUGGUAGGGACCCAUAGCGAGAAGAUGGCUGUCGCUUUUGCUCUUCUUGUUACUGAACCACACUCGGUCAUAAGGGUGGUGAAGAAUCUCAGGAUAUGUAGGGAUUGCCACACAGCAAUCAAAAUCAUUUCAAAGAUGGAGGGGAGGGAGAUCAUUGUUAGAGAUAAUAAUCGGUUUCACUGCUUCAGUGAAGGGCAGUGUUCUUGUAAAGACUAUUGGUAAGUCAUGCCUUACUGUACGAUCCACACUGAUAAAAGAUGGUUUGUUCUCAGAUCAGCAACAUUGACUAGGUUGUAGAAAAAAUAGUCAGUCAUGCUAGACUAUCGCAAUUUGCUGAAUCUUUGUCAGUAUGCUCAGAGAUUGCUGACAACAGCUAUGUUCGGCUGUGUAGUUUGUUCCAGCAACAAUAUCAAGUUGUGUGGAUAGAAUUACACUACAUCAUUGAGAAAUGGUUCACGAAUAUUGGUUGAUUUGAUUUUCUAUUAUGAAUGUGAAAAGUUAAGGGGUGUGA